UUAUGGCAACGGGAGGAGUGAAGAAAUUCAAUGAACUCUUUCUUUAUCCGAAAGGACGCAAAACUUUUAUGCAAAAAACGUUGGACACACUGUUUGAUAGAAGUGAAGGAAAAAAGUUUGCAAACUCGAGUUCUGCGAGGAUUUCGGUAAGGCAACCUCGCGCUUUAGAGCAAUCUUCUGAUCAAGAUUGGAUGAGUGUCUGGCCUGCGGCACAAAGUUUCCGUUCCUCGGUUGUGCCUCUUCCUAUACGGAUGGGUUACCUUACCAAUAAAGAGGCUAAGGUGAAACUUUCACGUGCAGCUUAUGCAAAUCUGGAGUUAAUGAAAGUACCGAACUUUUUACAUUUGACACCACAUCAUAUACAAAAGCAUUGUAAUGCUAUUAAAAUUAAAAUUUUGUACCAAGUUUCCUGACGAGUUAAAAGACGUUGAAUGUCAACAAAAAUACUUUC